AUGAGAGGAGUAGCCAUCGUUUCCCCAGUUCGCACCGCCGUGGGCAAUUUCGGCGGAGCGUUGCGGGACGUGCCCGCUGCCGAGCUGGCGUCUACGGUCAUCCAGGCCGCGCUGGAGCGCAGCGGAGUCGACCCUGCCAAAGUUGACGACGUGAUCCUCGGUCACGGCUAUCCGUCCGGUGAAAACCCGGCCAUUGGCCGCCUCGCCGGCUUGAAGGCCGGGCUGCCCAUCGAGGUCCCUGGCUACCAGUUGGAUCGCCGCUGUUCGUCGGGCCUCCAGGCCAUCCUCAACGCCUCCAUGCUGAUCCAAACCGACAACGCCGACGUGGUUAUCGCCGGCGGCGCCGAGAGCAUGAGCAGCGCGGAGUUUUACAGCAACGAAUCGCGCUGGGGCGCCCGAUUUGGAUCGGUCACCUUCCACGACCGGCUGGCCCGUGCCCGCGUCACCAUCGCGCCGGAGGACCGGUUCGGUCCCAUCCCCGGCGGCAUGGUGGAAACCGCGGAGAACCUGGCCCGCCAGUACGAAAUCCCCCGCGAAGAGCAGGACGAGUACGCCCUGCGCAGCCACCAGCGCGCCGUGGCGGCGCGAGACUCCGGCAGGUUCGCCGACGAGAUCAUCCCGGUGAGCAUCCCUCAACGGCGUGGCGACCCCAAGAUAUUCGACGCGGACGAGGGUCCUCGCGGCGAUACCACCAUGGAUGUCCUGGGCCGGCUGCGUCCCGUGAUGCCCGAUGGCGUGGUCACGGCGGGCAACGCCAGCAGCCAGAACGACGCCGCCUCGGUGUGCCUCGUGGUGGCCGAGGACAAGCUGGAAGAAUUGGGUCUUGAACCGAUGGCCUUCCUGCGCGGCUGGGCCGUCACCGGGUGCCAUCCGGCCACCAUGGGCAUCGGGCCCGUGCCGGCGGUGAACAAGGUCAUGGGCAAGAUCGGCAUGACGCUGCAGGACAUGGACCUCAUUGAGCUGAACGAAGCCUUCGCCGCUCAGGUGCUGGCGGUGCUGCGCGAGUGGCAGUUGCCCAACGAGGACCACCUGAACGUGAACGGCUCCGGCAUCUCCCUGGGUCAUCCCAUCGCGGCCACCGGCGCCCGCAUCCUGACCACGAUGCUCCACGAGAUGCAGCGGCAGGACGCCCAGUGGGGCCUCGAGACUAUGUGCGUCGGCGGCGGCCAGGGCGUGGCCGCAGUCUUCGAGCGCAAGUAG